UGAUUUUCAAUAAAAAAGUAAUUGGGCGCAUCUUGCACUUGCAGUUAUAUUGUCAGUAAUAAAUAAUAACAAACUAAUUGAAGUCGGUGCGGGUUGCUUUGUUGCUGCGUAUCUGUUAAAAACAAAAAUACCACCGCGAAUUGAGUUUGAUGUACCAACUGCUUCAGCGUCAUCCUCCUCAUGGCGGUCAAGGUGCAAUUUGAAAUUGGCCAUACAUCGAAAUUGCGGAGCAAGAAAACUGUAGAGGGCUUCACACAUGAUUGGGAGAUUUACGUGCGAGGUGGGGGUGUCAACAAGGCGGACAUAAGCGCAUUUGUGGACAAGGUUGUGUUUGUGCUGCAUGAGUCGUUUCCAAAGCCAAAACGUGUGAUUAAGGAACCGCCGUAUACUAUAAAAGAAUCCGGCUAUGCAGGCUUCAUGCUCCCGGUAGAAAUAUUCUUUCGGAAUCGGGAUGAGCCGAAGCGGAUUACAUAUCAAUACGAUUUGGAUCUGCAGCACACGGGACCGCCGCUCCAUCGCGUUGAGGUUAAGACGCAUGUUUUUGAAACGCCUUCGGAGGAAUUUCGCGCAAAGCUUUUAAGGGGCGGUGGAGUGCCGGUAUUCGGAGCUAAUAUCGGUGCCACUGCAGGUCUGGUGGGUACCACAGACGUAGCCACAACUGAGGCAGCAGGCCUUGCGAAGCCAAAGAACAGCGGCAGUGGCGCCAAUGCCACGGAUUCGGGUAAAAAGCUGAAAGCUCGCAAUGAUGAAGGUGGUGGCAAGACCAAUUCAUUUUCAAUGCUUUUUGGUACGCCCAUUACCAAAGGGGGCACUGCUAGCAGUGGUGACGCCGGUAACGUUGUUGGCAAUUUGCCGCCUCCAACAUCUAAGCAUUCUCCCGAUGGAAAAACUGCGUCCAGUGGGGGCAAGGGUGGUGGCCUGCAAGAUGCCAAAGAGAAAACAAGCAAAGAACGCGAUAAGUCCAGUAGUUCGGACAAAACGCGAGAUAAGGAUAAAAAGGAUCGCCAUGGCCGGGACAAGGAGCGCAAAUCGGGGAAAACAGGAGAGAGUAGCAGUAAACACGACAAGGAUAAAUCUAAAAAAGACAAAACGCGCGAUAAGGAACGCGACCAGAGCAGCGUAUCUGUUCCAUCCAAUUCUAAACGUUCGCUUAGUCCAAGGCCUGGCAAAGGCGGUACGGCUGAAACAGGAGCUCCGAGUCCGAAAAAAGUGGCCACCGAGGCGAGCGGCUUGCCAAGCGCGCGUCCCAAGGAACGCGAGGAUCAUAAACCAAAUAAGUCGGAAACGAAAGAUAAGGAGCGCAGCUCAAACAAAAAGUCAAAAAAGGAGAAAAAAGACAAGGAACGUGACCGCGAACGAGAAAAACGAGAGGACCACAAGUCCAAAAAAAUACCAAAAGAGCCAGAAAGUGCGCCGGGCAGUAAACCUAAUGCGGAGGCGGCAUCAAGUAGUGGAGCAUCCAGUUACGAAACAUUAAAGGCGACGGGAAAAGCCACACCACCCUCCGUUGGCAGCAAUAGCAGCAGUAGCACGACCUCCAAUACGGGCAAGCGCAAUAAUGACAAGGACGAACAUUCGGUAAAGCCAGCCGAUAAACCAAAUGAGAAAAGCGACAAAGUGACAAACAAUAGUGCCAGUAGUACGGAUAAGAAAUCGCAUAAACAUAAGAAAAAGGACAAGAGCAAAGACAAAGAUAAGGACAAGGAAAAGGAGCGAAGUGAACGUGACAAGGAUAAGGAAAAGGAGCGCGACCGGGAUAAGCAAAAGGAGCGCGACAAGGAUAAACUGCAGCAGCCGGCAAUUACGGAAAAACCAGCCGAGCCAUCACCCAAGCAGGAGGCACCCAGUCUCACAACAAAUCCGGCGGAAGCAUUAGCAGAAAAGGCGACCGGCCACAUCUCAACAGGCGGCAAAAAAGAAAAACACAAAAAAUCCAAGGAUAAGUCCUCAACCAAAGAGGAUAAACGUCAACGCGAGGCUACAGGUGACAAAACAGACAUCAAACAUAACGCCAAAAAGCAACAACAGCAGCCACAACCGCAGCCGCAGAACAAACCUCCCAAUAAUCUCGAUCUCAGCGACAUGGAUUCAGCUCAAUCGGCACCAGAUUUGGCCGCGACCAACGCUUUGGCCGCCGCAGCCGCGACAUUACAACACUCUGAUAGCUCGAGUAGCAGUUUUCCGGACCUGCCCGCUAAGGCGAGUCAGAAGCAGACGUCGGCCAAACCGAUUGCUGCUGCCGCAGCCGCAGCCGCAACUGCCUCGCCCAGCACUCGUGACAGUAAAAUGGGUGGCAAGGAGCACAAGGCCCGUAGCACAGAAAAGUCAAAGCAAAUUGAUAAGCUAGAAAAGGGAGCUGAGAAAACAGAUAAAGCAGAUAAGUUGGCGGAUACAGCAAAGGGUGUCGACACAACAAAGCCAGCGGAUAAGCGCAAUCGACGAAAUUCCCAUAAUAAUAACAGCGCUGCGUUUAUCGAGCCUCCAGUUAAGCCCACGAAGAAGGAGCAAAACAAAGCGUCCAGGGAAAAAUCAAAAUCGCCUUCUCUGAGGAACGCGUCAGGCACCACAAAUGCCGGAGCGCUGUCAACACCACCAAAUGUUACUGUUAAUAUUAACAGUAACAUUAACAGCAACAAUAACAGCAACUCUUCGCCUAAUAGCGCCGCCAGUGUUGCAAAUACUGUCAAUACCAGCAACAAUAACAAUAAUAACAACAGCAACAAUGCCAACAACAAUAAUAGCACCAGCAACAACAAUAACAACAACAGCAGUAGUGCCCAUUCACCCACUGAGACAUUGAAUCAACAGUUUGCCACACCCACGCCCACACCAUCCACCACAUUGCCGACAGAAUAUCUCAGUGAGUUACAGGAGUUACAUCACAAAAUAAUGACCUUGCAGGAUAACGAGGAACUGCAACAAAUUGUUGAUUUAAUUGCCGCCACCGGUUGCUACGAAAUCACGCACAAAACGUUCGAUUUCGAUUUAUGCAAAUUGGAUCGGGGCACUGUGCAACGCUUACAGGAGUUCCUUGCGGCCACCUCGGUGUCGUGACAUAAAAUGGCAACGCACAAAUCCUCCUCAUGCACAUAACCAAAUGGCUAAGUUAGUUUAACAUAUUGGAUAGAUAUAAGAUAAAUUUUCAAUGAUCAGAGAGAGAGAAGCAUACAUACAUUAUUAUGUAUACCUUCCUCUAUUUAUUUCAUAAUGUGCGUAUUCUUUAGACAUCAGACACAUAAUAUUUUAUGUUUUAAUAACUGAAAUGUGCGCUCUUUUGGCGAGAUUGAAAGACUUAUUGUUUUUGUUUUUAUUUGAAUUUUUAUGACUAGUUGUAAGCUCGUAAGUGUUUGAUUUUCCCCGCACUUCGCUUUAAUUUUGUUUGGGAUAUUAAUAAUUUUUUUUAUCGAAUCAUCUACAAAAUAUAUAAGGUGAGAAGAUCGUCAGCCAAUGUAUGCUUCGUUUCAUAAUUAUUUAUUAUUAUUGAAUAUGUCUUUCUGUUCAAUUACCUCCGAAAUCAUAUAUUAUGAAUCUGCCUAUUGUCUCAAUUGUAUCAUUAAAUAUAUAUUUAAUUAAUUCUUUUGUAUGUAGUUUCUUUAUUUCUCCCUUUAAUCCAUUCCACGUGUGCAUUAUUGUCUGUUUUGUAUAUCGCAUAAAUAUAUAACCAAAAACAAAACAAAAAAUUAUAAAAAUUAUAUCUUAUAUUGGCACACAGACGUUUAUGCAUAUGUAUGUACCGCAAUCUUCAUUAAACACCUAUGUAAGAAUAUUAUAACAUAAAUAUUUAAAUAAACAAAUACACAGUAAUGACACUA